GGGCUGGAAUGUGCUGGUUUGCAAGUUUUCAAGAUAACAAAGCAGCAUGAGGCGGCUGCGUGUAAACUUUGGAUGAGGUCACGGUCCGCCAACGCAGCACGCCGUGACAUGGGAGGGGAUUUUGUUCUGGAUUCUCCCUCGGUGGUGUCAUACCUUUGCUCUCCUUUUUUUCCACCUACCUUGUUUACACACAUGACAAUAGCAGGUUAUCAAAAACGGCGAGCCUUAGAUAACUUUAUUGUUUUUAAACAGCCGGAGCAAAGUGCAGACUGCAGGGGAAAAACAACACGGAUAGACGGAGCGGAGGCCUGUUUGUGAGUCCAGCCUGUGCAAGCUCCCUCUCCCAGGAGUUCAGAGUGUACUAUAAAUCUGUUAGACAGGGAGAAAAUAUAAUCAGGGCUUUGCUGGGGCAUUUGAGUUCACUGCAGGCAUUACAUGAGAACUAAUGCCUGAUUCAACACUGGCUCUGGCAAACAUGCCUGACAUUCAGCGUUCGCUCCCCUCAAUGAAAGCUGCGAGUCAGACAGUCUGAUAGCUCACCCUGGAAUUAGAUUCAGGAAGUCAUGAGAUUUCCAGGUGCCUCGGCUUUCCUCGAAUUGUUAAGCAGGGAUUUUUCAGAGCGUUGCCAACGCACAUUAAACUGAAGAAAGCCUCCUGUAAAGAAUUACACCGAUACGUUUACUGUGCUUAUCCUGCAUGGCAACGUCUAAAUCCAAGAAACAAACACUUUAUAAAACCCAGACCUCCUGAGCGAACACAUAAAUAAACCUCCUCCUCCUCCUCCUCCUCACAAAUACUGGAAGAAGAAGAAAAAAAAUACACAUAUGAGAGGAAACAAGAGGAACAAUGAAGGCUUGGACUUUUUUAGAGAGAGAGAAAAAAACUCUCCCCGGUGAAAUCAUUUGAUACACAGAAAUGCAUGAAUAAUGAAUGUGCAAUGAACUCCUGCUGAACCUUCUGCACCAGCACCGAGCCAGAGAUCAGCACAUGACGUCCAACACACACACACACUCACACACACACACACACACGCACGCACCCAGUGACCUCUGCAAAGCUCCGACACAGGAGGUAAUCUGCUGCAGAGGAUUGUGUCUGCUGCGUGAAUCAUUACGCUGAGCUGCACCUGGCUGCAGUCACACAGAGAGGACGCUUACUUUGAUAAACCUCACGACCGUUGGGAGGAGGAGGAGGAGGAGGAGGAGGAGGUGGAGGACUCGGCCAGCCAAAGUGGAAAGAUAAAUACGACCAACCGGUGCUGGAGCGGUUAAAGCUCCCGCCCUUUUGGCAGCUGAGUGUGUGUGUGUGAGUCAAUGUUUAACCCUUGUGUCAACACAGCGCAUGUGUCACAACAGCAUUCCUGUGAGGCGUUUGUCUUGUGACAGAGCGGUUUCAUAAUGGCAGCUCGGCUCUCAUGUAUUGUUCUGUGGCAGGAGGAAGGAGUCGAGUCCUGGUGUUGGGUGACUUGUAACCCGACGAGUUUCAUGUCCCUGCAUGUCGGGUUUGUAAUAAACCCGGUUAACCAGUCCAAACAGCAAACGCAGCGCCCUGUUUACCCAGAAUAAUCCUCCCUCUCUGCUUUUCCUCCUCACUGUAAAUGGUUAACUUGGCAGGCAUCAUGUGAGCGCUGGAAAGCUUCUGCCUUUCUCUUUUUUUUUCCUUUCUUGGCAGUUACACGGGGAGGUGAACUUUGCUCGCUUUGUUGUUAGGCAACCACAUUUUUGAUCCGAGUUUUUUUUAUCAUGUGAGCAGAAAAACAGAAAGAGAGCACGUCACACAAGAUCUGGAAGCAAGGCAGGAAAGUCUGCAGAUAUGUUCUUCAGACAGGACUGACAUAUUUAACUUUAAAUACUUCUACUUUCUGUCCGUAUAUUUCUAAAAUGUGAGAAACACGUUUAAUUGUGCUUUCAUAAAUAGAAUAAAAUCUAUCCCAUAAUGCCCUCUACUAAUAAGUUUCAUUGGCUAACACACAGCUUCUCUCACUCCCCACAGCCUGAGAUAAAUGGGACAGACAGUACAUCACCGAGCUUAUCAAGUGGGCACCUCCCUUCAAUAAUGUUUCGUUAAGUCAGGCCCACGACACCCCAACCCAAACUUUUGAAACUCCGUCUUCAUGAUAUCUUUUGGAAAUGUCGACGUUUUAACGUGGAUCCUUUGAAAACAGUAAAUUCACAGCCCCCUUGAUGCGUGAAUAUUAUGUUCCCAGUCAAGCAGCCAUGUGUGAGUGAAAGGACAACAACAGCGAAGGCGGACUGUUGAGCUGUAUUUGUGUUGCUGACUCAACUGAGUCUUCUAGAUAAUGGUUUUUGAAUGUUUUUGAAUAGUCUCCUGUUUUCAUGUACACAAGACUUUUUAGCUUUCAUACAUCCAAGGUUUCAUCUGCAAAUAUAAAGGCAGUUUAAGGUGGUCGUGUUGCACGCACAGAUAUUAUGAUCCCGUGAGUUCCUAGUUUGGUAUCACUUAAGUACUUCUGUUGAAUCAAUCAAACGACAAUAUUUGUGGAGAAAAAGACAGACCAAAGAGAGGGAAACUGGAGCACGGAGGAGAGGCGUCUCGUGAAUGUGAUGUCUGAUUGGCAGGAAGAACUUAGAGCUCCACGGAUGAAAGUGAAGCAGCAGACAUGGCUGACGGCAAGCAGCAGAUUCAGAGCAGAGAGACAUCCCCCGUCCGACUGAUUUAGACAUCGGAGAGAAGUCAGUGUUCAUGUUUGUAGCCUAGUCUUUGAUUUAAAGUUAGGAUUGAUAUAGUUAAAGGGUCUCCGUGUUCGAGGUUAGUUUAGUCUUCAAAGGGACCCUUUUACUUUGAGACUGUGAGGACAUUUUAGAGCCUGGACCAUGAACUAUCACUGCAGGAAACUUUGCAUGAGUGUGUGCUCCUCCGCUUCAGUAAUGACUGUGUGCCACCUAUGUUGAUGAGCCGAGUCAUACGUGUGAAAAUAAAAGUGUGUGAAGGAGGGCGGUAUGUGUUUUGUCCUUCAGGGUAACCCUGGGUGUUGCCAGACUUGUCAGUCAGUGUGAAACCAUUUCCGCUCCAAGGCCGUCUGGCUCCUCCCUCCUAUUGUGUGGCAACGUGGUGGAGGUGAACUUUAUCCCUCUUUGUUGAAAGAGCUCUCUCACAAUGAUCUGCACAAAACAAGGUCGAGUUAAACAUCUGUGGGCCUGCUGAACAAUGUGGAUCCCAUCACUUCACAGAAGGAGGGGGGAUAAUCACAACCUUUCAUGUGUGAAAGCAGUUUCUAACCUGCCCAAACCUGUGCGCCGUGUGUAAAACAACCUGAAUAUACACCCUGUGUUACAUUAGCAUCACACGCUGAUAACACACACACACACACACCACUCCCUGCUCUUUGUGCCCUUUGGACAGGCAGGUUUUCUGCAAACACACGCUGUAAGACGGCUCCUAUCAGCAGCCGGCUCGUAGUCGUUACAAAUUUGCACAACACAAACACCCGGCUUCAUAUCACCCCGGGCUUAUCAGGCUCCUUCAAGGGCACUGAACUUUCCCACAACGUGGCUCCCUCGCUCCGUCCUUCUCUGUCCCUCUGGGACUUCACUGUUGCGUCAAGGAUCUGCUAUUUAUCCCAUGUGCUUCCACAGUAUUACUGAGCCAGUUGUGCUGAGUGGUCGUGGUGGUUAUGACUAAACUCCCCACUGUGUGUCUGUUAGGAGUCAUGACUGUAUGUGUAUGACAACAUCUACCAGUGGCUUUGUUGCAAAACUGGUUUGUCAUUGCAGCAGCUCCAGUUGAGGUAAUGUUAGUUCCUAAAUAAUGAAUGUCAUCACUGUUACUGCUGAAACUCAGAGCUCUGCGGUUCUUUUCUUUAGAAGAGUCGCUCUUUGUGUUGACUUUGGUUUAACUCGAUCACUUCUUCAAAGUAUAUUUAAGUCAGCGGGGACAUUUCUUUUUCGCAAAAAGAGCUGCAGUUAUGAUGAAGAGUAAAUAAAGCCAUAUUUACUGUAAACACCUUAAAACCAUCUCACGGUUCACUUGUGUUUGUACACUGUCUCUAACUCACAUGUGGGGUUGAUUGAGCAGCUAGCAUUACCUCACAAAGUUUCAUGUCUGGCAUCUACGUCCAAGAUAAUAAUAUGAUUUUCUAGUAUUUUUAAGUUUGUAGACUAGCGAACUUUGACGGAUAAACAUAAUUGAUGUUUUCUCGGCAGACCUCUGAUCUCUGAUACAGUUUUUAAUCACACAUUCAUGUACCACAGUAGCCGUGCAUAACUCGUUUCCUCUGAACUGAAACAUUUGUUCUCGAGUUUUGCCAUGGAUCCUUUUUGGUUUGAUUGCAUAACAACAACAGACAAGUAUAACCUCACAAGUUUGGCUUAUCCUGAUUGGAAAAGACAAGAUGGAUGACUGCAGCCGUUAACUCAUGGUUCACAGAUGUUGUGGUUACAUUUGGAAAAGUGAUAUUUCUUUAGUUUUCCCGCAAAUGAACCUCUGCGCCGCCGAGUUACUUGGAAGCAACCCUUUUUUGGUAGCGGCCAUAAAUAAGCCCAGGUUCCCGCCACAGAUUCCACACAUGCUUUACUGCCCUCUCUUUGAUUGUCUGCUUUAUGGAGGAUGUUUCAUCAUGUGCUGCGAGCGCUCGUGCCGGAGAUGUCCUUCCUCCCCUUUCCAUAAAAGUGCAAGUUGUCACAACGGUGUGGCAUUCAUUAUCCGCCUGCGGUUUAGCAGGCCGGACCCCGGAGCAGCUGGGGAGCAUCGGUUGUCACAUUCAGCCUCCCGUUGCGGUGAAAGAUGGGAGGGACGGAGAUGAGUGCUGUACCCCUGUCUGUGUGAUAAAGCCCCCAGCCAACCACAGAGUCUGGGCAUCUGAGCACACGAUCCCUCGCCUCCCUCAUCCACUUCAAAGCCCUGUCUCAGAAAACAGCUCGCCGCGAGGAGCCGAAAUAGAAAAUGGAGAUAAACUGCAGAGAACAACCGAGUGUGAAUUCACGAGAAGUCAAGUCGAAGGACAACCAGACCAUGUUACACCGAGUCUAAUUUUUAUCAUUCUUUGUUAUGAUGAGAUUUCACUCGCAGAGUUUAGUGUUUGUAUCAGGAACAAAGUCUGUAAGAGUGAGAAAAAGGCAGUAGGGUGAGUCAUAAACAGAAUGAAGAACCUUUUAUCAGCAGAUACUGGUGCUUUAUGGGGAAUUUUUUCUGUCUUCAAAGAAAACUGUGAUGUUGUGGUCUAGAAAGUAUUCAUGAUCAAAGAUGAACCAAGAGGUUAGUCUUGAAACUGUGAUGGAUUUUUAAAAACAACAUUUUUUCAACAUUUUUUAAAAGACAUUUUUCUCAUAUAGUUUUUUUUACUAAAACCUUCUCUGUGGUGUUAUUGCUACAGAAAUGAGUUGACAGGUUAUGAGCAAAAUCCUAAUCUAGGAUGUGUGUGACUUUUAGGAGGAUGAAUCCAAAGUGAGUGUGCCGGUUAUGAUGGCAAAGAUCAAAACUGAUCACAGAUCUGCCGAGAAACCACUACAGAUUUUUGAAUAGACGACUUACGAUUUACCGGAUGUUACGCUAUGACAUAAUACACCGUGCUGCACAUGCUCACCUGACUGUUUCGGAGAAGAACAAAACUUUUAAAACGUUUGUUGAAUGGAUCGGUCAUUCCUGAUGCAUCUAAAAAAGUCAGGAAAUUGCUGUUUUUCCGACUGCCCUGAAAUACAUACAGAUAUCUCUGUCUAUUGAUGGACUGUGUUCUGCCUGUUUUUGCUCUCCAUACUGACCGUUUAUCCCGCAGACAAAGCCUGCGCAUACAUGUUAAGUCAGUACUACUGAGACUACUUAUGCAGUACAAACAGAAACUAGAACAUUUCUUUGCAAGUUGAAUCUCUGAAUACACAUUCUACCUUAAAUACCGUCUCAAAUGUGAAGAUUGUUUGUUUGUAGAGGAGGUUUCGUAAGUUUUGCAUUUAGACCGGUUCUGUUUGAUGCUCACACCAUCCUGUCUAUGAACACUUUCCUUAAAAACUGAGACACUUGAGAGCUUCCAAAUAGGCCAGUAUUUGCUAUUCCUGGUUUCCUCGCUCACAGUCAGCUUGUUUCAUGUUCUAUACAUCACAGGAGUUACUCUGCGUGCCCGUUUGCUUUCAAGGCAAAUGUUACUAGAAAAGGAGCCGCUUUGAUCUCCUUCCAGCAGCAGCCCUGAAAUAUCUUCUAAAUAAAGCCGUUAUAAAUAUGCAUGUUCACACACAUUUUUCUGUAUAAUUCACCAGGGUUUCAUCUGAAUGUUCGGCUGAAUUAAUGUAUGCAAAGGAGUAAAUACGAAUAGUUUGUGCGGAAUAGGACAGCAGUGAUGUGAAAACUACGCCUGCACUUGACUGUAUAACACCCGAGUGCUGUUUUAGCUGCUGUGCAGGGGAUGUCAGAGUCCAUUUUCUAGCAAGGCAGCUCAAAAAUAGACAGGAGCUCCGGUAAUAAAUAAGCCUGCUUUGGGAAAGUUUUAUUUUGGCUUAGAGGAAGAGGUUACAUAAGGCAUGAAAUACUCCUUCUUUUCUUUUUGGCUCAAGGAGGGAGAACCAAGAAUCGUAACCUUUUGUCAGAGAGAAGCUGGAAGAAACCUUUUGUGUCCAAAUUUCAAUGUUUGUGUAACACAAAUACACAAAGUUAGACAACAAACACUUUCACACUUCUUUGUGCAGAGAGAAGCUGUCAAGUCCAUCUGUGUUCUGCACAAGAAACCAGACCUACAGAAACUAGUGCUGCAGGAGUGGCUGUGUGCACCGUGCUGUGUGUUUCUGUGUGUGUUUCUGUGUGUGUGUGUCAGAGAGAAGGGAGAGGGAAUGCAGCAGAAUGACAUUUUGAACAUUUUGUCAGAGUCGGUCACAGAGCAGGAAUGACUGCACAGUUGAGUUCAGCAUGCUAAACAUAACAACAGUGAGUCAGGCAUGAAACUGCCUUGUAAGGGCACUGAGUCAGAUGCCAUUUAUACGUGCAGGUGAAGUUACUCAUUUUAAUGGCAGCAGCCUAAGAAUGGGCUCAUGUAACUCAAAAGCUAAAAAAGGACAUUAGUUUAACCUUUGCGUUCACAGCGGGGAAAGUUUGUUUACAUCAGCGUCUGAAAAAAUUGGGGGGUUUCCACUGGACAGGAAAUGAUGUCGUCUGAUCUUUAUGCUUGUAAGCUUACUUAGCGUAGCGUAACAGAAGCGCUGCUCUAGUUUCUCAGUUCCUGGUUUCAAGUUUUAAACCACAACCUCCAGAAAUAAUGUACAUUUACAUUUCUGUUGCACAAGAAGUCACAAGACACUCCAAUCGGAGCUUUCUCAACAAGCUUGACGAAAGUCUGACUCGUCAGGGAAACAAAAAUGAAAUGUAUUCUGUGUGAAAACUGCAAGUGUCAGGAUGAAAAGAAAUUCCUGCCAUGUAUUUUUUGUGUUUUACCCGCUAAAGGGAGUAUCAUGACCAUGCUUUCAAACUAUUGAGCUGUAGUCCCACGAGGGUAAACUGGCUAACAGCAUCCCUCAGAUUAGAAGGUGUCAUUAUUAGUGAAAUAAAAGUUUGGAUUCAGGAGGAAAUGUUGCUAAGGAGAUCGAUAUAAAACCUUGAAUUUGAUAUUUCCUUGUAGAACCAGUGAACGGUUUCUCUGUGCAGCACACUCUCCUCACAUCCUGCAGACUUUAUUUACAUUUUUCUGCAGGGAUUAUGUCCUCCACCUCUCCCUGGGUUAUUUACUGCGUCGUCUGUCCUCUGACAGGCCCGUCAGAUUAAGGGGAUAUGUUACCGUCCUGCGUUUUUUCUAAACGGUUACACAUGUGGCACAUCUGGGUUCAAGCCUGACUCAUUACUCACUUUUUUAUGUUCUUUUCUCUGCAGCCAUGGCAACUGCUGCAUGUUUGGCAGAAAGAUUUGAAGGCAGUGGAAAAAGAGAGAGAGCCUAGGGAGAGCAGGCGAGCGAGCGAGUGAGUGAGGGAGGGAGCGAGUGAGCGAGCUCUCAGUAGUUGGCCUACAUCCAGUGUAAUCAUGCCAUGGAGCCGAAAUGAGGCCUUUGGCAGCACACCAGGUUUCUGAGAACAAAGAUGUGAGCUUCUAAUGUUGGCGGUGGGGCCUGCUUGGCAUCCUUUGCCAUUUCCCAGCAGCCCUUGCCUUGGCGGACGGCCAGCCCCCCCUCCCCCCCUUCACCCUCCGCCUCACCCCCUCCAACCCCCCCUCACUGGAACUGCAAAGAGGAUCAGAAUAAAGAGAGAGGCUUGUUUUUCACUCGCCUCUUGCUCUGGCCCAAUGACAUCACCUCUGCAGCCUCCAGCCCCCAGAUUCCAGCCGCCCAGCACAUUUUUCCCUCUCGCUGUCGACCCUCCAUUUUAUUUGAAUUCCUCCAUUUUAAACCUUUUAUCAAAGCCGACUAAUUCAUGUCAGCGUUUAUAUUUCUGUGCAAAUCAUUCCUCCUCUUCACCGAGAAUAACCCAUUCAGAAAAAUCAAGAAUAUUAUAAAAGAUUUCAAGCUGCGAACAUGACAGACUGAAGAAAGCAGAGACGAUAUCUGUCAGAGCUCCCCAAAUUUUAUCUUUGCGGAGCAAAUCUGUGGCUAAAAAUAGCACCGUAAACAGGAUAUAUAUGGUAGCCGGGGUGCUGUGAUAAUCUCCAUGGCUACAUCUCCCUGUUACAAAUACUGGAGCUCUGCAGAGCUGUAGCACAGUAGCCCUUCAAUUUUAUCUCCUCAUAUUCAGCAAACUGCCUUCCUGUGCAGUAUGGAUUCAGUAAAGAUCAUCUGUGGGAUCUAUAUGAAGCAGGUGUAGUUGUUGCAGGAAAAAAAGGUCCAGAGAGGAGAUAUAUCAAGUAAAAAUGAAAAUAUUUGUAGGGAUAUUUAGAUUUUUUUAACCAUCUAAAUGAUACAAACAGUGUAAAACUCACACUUUUACUCUAAAGAGUGAGGUAUUUAAAUGCAACAGAACCUGUAGGGCACAUACAGUAUAGAAAUAGAUGUUUGGGUAUUUAACUCCAGUAAUUUCUCCUCAUGCUGUCCUGUCCUGCCCUCCUUUUAUGUCUGUGCGACAUGUUACAGUUUAGUUUCAUGCUCACUUCAGCAGUUGUGCUACUGGGGGGAGGAGGGGGGGUUAUAUAACAUGACUGCUGCCCUCAUAGAGGGGGGAAAAACCGAGAAAACAUCCACCGCUGUGCUCUGCCUCUCCACAAAACUUCAGAGAGAAUCUGUGAUGACUCCAACCAUGAAUAAAAGAUGGCCAAUAUAAAAUUUAACAGGCUCAGAAAGCGGCAGAACAAAAAUAACGUCAUCUCGUCAGUGCUGUCACAUGCUGGGUAUUCCCCUGGCCGUCACCUUCCUCUCACUCUUUAUUUAGCUGCUUCAUGUCUCAAUUCACCCAGAAAGGGUUCAAAACAGCCCCGUACAGCUGCCAGACUCCAAUAAGACGGCCGUCAGCUGGGUCACGUAGUGGUGGUUUUACUGUAAACAAGCUUCAUAUCACCAAUCCUCAAGACUCAUUUCCUAACUGUGUCAUAAAGCAUAGCAACACUUCCUGCUGUUGUUCACCCAGUAAGGACUCACCCUACGUUCAGCUGCUCCAGUAGCCCCAGUUUCAGUGCUGGGAAAUUGUUUUUUCUGACUCUAGAGUGUUUAAAGUUAUACUUAAAACAUAAUGUUUAUGCAUUUAACAAAAAAAUGUGUUAAAUUUUGUUGUCCAGUAAGGACAUGAGAAGAGAAAGUCACUUGUAAUACUGGAAUAGUAAUCAAACUAAUAGUUUCAGUUACGGCAACAUUUGAUUAGGUCUGUCAUGUUCUUACAAGGUACAGUAUAAUAUCAAUUCUGCUGAUUUAGAAAACCA